CCCUCGUCCCCUCCGCUGGCCGGUAGCCCGCGAGGCCUGCGAGCUCCGGAUUUGGAACGUCCCUUGAGGCGGGCCGGAGUGACGGCGGUUCGGUCCCAGCGUCCCGACGACGACUCGUCCUGAGUUCCUUUCUGGGUCCCGCGGCCGGCCGUUGGAAGCGGCGCGGCCCAGACGCGCGUGGCGAAUCUGCCAGGACGAAUCGGCAGGCGUGGCGCCGGCGGCCUCGCGAGAGUGCGGCUCAGACGGAGGCGGCGAGACGGGGCUUGCGGGCUGAGGGCCGCGGGCGGAGAGCGGGCAGCGGAGCGGCGGGGGGCCGGCCGGGCCCCGCGGCGGCUCCACCAUGACGGGCCGCGUCUGCCGCGGCUGCGGCGGCACGGACAUCGAGUUGGACGCGGCGCGCGGCGACGCGGUGUGCACGGGCUGCGGCUCGGUGCUCGAGGACAACAUCAUCGUGUCCGAGGUGCAGUUCGUGGAGAACAGCGGCGGCGGCUCGUCGGCGGUCGGCCAGUUCGUGUCGCUGGACGGUGCUGGCAAAACCCCAACCCUAGGCGGUGGAUUCCAUGUGAACUUGGGAAAGGAGUCCAGAGCACAGACGCUACAGAAUGGUCGGCGCCACAUCCACCACUUGGGGAGCCAGCUGCAGCUGAACCAGCACUGCCUGGACACAGCCUUCAACUUCUUCAAGAUGGCUGUAAGCAAGCAUCUGACCCGAGGGCGGAAGAUGGCCCAUGUGAUUGCUGCCUGCCUCUACUUGGUCUGCCGAACUGAAGGCACACCUCACAUGCUUCUCGACCUCAGCGACCUGCUCCAGGUGAACGUGUACGUGCUGGGGAAGACAUUCCUGCUCUUGGCGAGGGAGCUCUGCAUCAAUGCACCGGCUAUAGACCCGUGCUUGUACAUUCCACGCUUUGCUCACCUACUGGAGUUUGGGGAGAAGAACCAUGAGGUGUCCAUGACAGCCCUGAGGCUUCUGCAGAGGAUGAAGAGGGACUGGAUGCAUACAGGCCGGCGCCCCUCUGGCCUCUGUGGAGCAGCACUUUUGGUUGCAGCCAGAAUGCAUGACUUCCGGAGAACCGUCAAAGAGGUCAUCAGUGUGGUCAAAGUGUGUGAGUCCACUCUGCGGAAGAGGCUCACAGAAUUCGAAGACACUCCAACCAGUCAGCUCACCAUUGAUGAGUUUAUGAAGAUUGACCUGGAGGAGGAAUGUGACCCUCCCUCGUACACAGCUGGACAGAGGAAGCUGCGCAUGAAGCAGCUGGAACAGGUCCUGUCAAAAAAGCUAGAAGAAGUUGAAGGUGAGAUAUCCAGUUACCAGGACGCCAUUGAAAUUGAGCUGGAAAACAGCCGGCCAAAGGCAAAAGGGGCUCUUGCCAACUUGUCAAAGGAUGUUCUUACGCUCUCAGAUGCCACAUUUAAGCCAGCUUUUGCACAGAGCAUGAGGACUAAGCCAGGCCAUUCUUGCACGUGGGCAACCAACGCCGUCUGCUGGCAGGACCGUGCUUUCUCUGCUGCAGAAAAAGGCUCCGGUGAGGACUCCACACCCAGCCCGUUCUGUGAGGAGGACACGGAGGAUGAGGAGCUGGAGGCUGCUGCCAGCCACAUGAACAAGGACUUCUACCGAGAGCUCCUGGGGGAUGACGGCGGCUCCGAAGCAACAGAAGGCCCUGAUGGGGGCAGCAGGCCCCUUGCCCUGGAGUCCUUACUCGGCCCCUUGCCCACAGCGGCCAGCCUGGGCAUCUCCGACUCCAUCCGAGAGUGCAUCUCCUCCCCAAGUGGGGACCCCAAAGACACUUCAGGGGACGGGGAACUGGACCUCAGUGGCAUCGACGACCUUGAGAUCGACAGAUACAUCCUGAACGAGUCAGAAGCCCGGGUGAAAGCCGAGUUGUGGAUGCGGGAGAAUGCUGAGUACCUGCGGGAGCAGAAGGAGAAAGAAGCAAGAAUAGCAAAGGAGAAGGAGCUGGGCAUCUAUAAGGAGCACAAGCCCAAGAAGUCUUGCAAACGCCGGGAGCCAAUCCUGGCCAGCACAGCUGGGGAGGCUAUCGAGAAGAUGCUGGAACAGAAGAAAAUCUCCAGCAAGAUCAACUACAGUGUGCUUCGGGACCUUAACAGCAAGGGUGGAGGUAGCCCUCUCAGGGAGGACUCAGAGACCCCAGAGCGAGCCAGCACCAAGAAGCUGUCACGGAGGAACAGAGCGGCUGGCAGGAGCGGUGCUGCCCCUGGGACAAGCAUGGGGAAGAGGUUGAGGCCUCUGGUGUCUACACACCCAGCUAAGAAGGCAGCUGUGGGAGAGGCCUUGCUCUUAAGUUCCCCUACCUUGGGAGCUGAGCCCAUCAAGCCAUCGGCAGUCUUGGUGGAGAGUGGCCCUGUGUCGUACCAUCCUGACGAAGAUGCAGAUGAGGAGGACGCGGAAGAAGAGGAUGGAGAGCCUUGCGUCAGUGCUCUGCAGAUGAUGGGUGGCAAUGAUUACGGCUGUGACGGUGACGAAGAUGACGGCUACUGAGUGGGACUCAAGGCCAGGCAGCGUCCUGGCGCUGGACUCCAAGUGUUUCUGUUUCAUGGGGGUCAGAUGGGCCCUGGGGCCGCGGCUCACAGGCAUGAUUUGUGGGACUCAACCAGCCAAGCACCACCCGUCUGAUGUGAAGCUUUCUUCCCACGGCCGCACUGUGGCCCAUCAUACUUUACUGUUGGGAAUCAUGUUUUGAGCAAUGUAAGGAAUAUUUUUGCCCAGCAAGGGAAACCAGCUGUGUGUCUGUGUAUAAUGAAACGUGUUCAGGGAGUAGCUGGGUCUGGAUCCCACCUUGUGACCAAGCCUAGUCAUUGAGUCACCAGAAGUCCUCAGGCAGGCUCUGUGCUCCUGUCAUGAGAUGAGAGCACAAAGAGGCUUUGCUCAUGGAGUAACUCUGGUCUUAGCCUGCUGCCAGCGUUCUCUGCCCACCCUUCCUGUCCUGGAGGGACAGGCAUCGGGCAGAAGGCGUGUCAGUUACUGCUGUGUGCUUUGCAACUACAGAACCCUGGGAACCUGUCUUUACCUGCAGCCCAGCUUCCUGCUGAGGUGGACACACAUGCUUUCUACCAGCUCCAAUGUCCGUUCACUGCCUUCAACCACCAGGAGCAUUACAGCCUCAGCCUCUUGCUUAGGACACAUGGGCUGUGCACCCAGGAGGUCCUGAGGCUACCCAGUAGCAGAUUAGUCAAGGUGAGCAGCAGAGCUCAGGACGUGCAGACCAGCAGAGCAUGCGCCGCUGCAUGUCCAGCACAGCCUGUGUGGAGUUGUGGCUUCCGGCCCUGCCCUGGCACCUGAAGCAGAACCCAGGACUCCUUAUCCUCUGCCUUGACUGAGGACCCAGGACUCCUUACCCUCAGAGCACUUGACUCAGACGGCCCUUUCCUGGGUGUGAGUCUGCAUGGCUGGGCUGAGGCGGGCCUGAGAGGGUGAGGUGUCGGGGAGGGUGCUGCAGGUGGACGGAGAAGGGUGGGACAGAUGCAGAGUGAUUUUGAUGAGAAGAUUGCAAAAUGCUUUUGGAUUCUGUGUGGGAGUGUGGGACUGUAACCAACAUUCCUUCCUGGGGGCAGGCGAUGUCACAGGAGUGAGGUCAGAACCAUGGUAGGGAGCCACGGUACUGGCCCAGAGUGUGUUUAGGGUGUUUGUGUGCUUGUAUGUGACAGGACUUGCCUGUGGCAUGGAGGGAAUACAGGGCUGAGGGGUGGAGGUAAGGCAAGUACCUGGUACAGGAACUGAGACCUGCUCCCAGCUGUGCCUUGUCCCUGCUGGAAAGUGAGCACAAGCCAGUAAGGAGAGGUUGACAAGAGUCGGCAGAGAGAGGGAAGGGACAGGGAGAAAUGUCCCUAGAAGAUGGUGAGACCUGUAUCACAGGGUUGAGAGGCCCAGGUGCUAAGGAGUAAGGUCCCAGUAGGGGGCAGCCAUGCCGUGGGCAAGGGCACCCUGAGCUGAGGCCACAGCCUUGUGUGGUGAGCCACCACAAGCAGCAGUGUGCGGCUCAAGGAGGCACUGGGCUGUGUGACCCUGUUCUGCCCGCAGCUGGUCCAUUUCUCUGUGCUCUUCUGACAGACUACCACAGCAGGGUCCCCCUGCCUCGGAUCUUCCCAGAAUGCAGACCAGUGUAGGCAGCCUCCUGGGGCACACUCAGGCCUCACCACACUGGACCUUAGGAGAGGGAAGGAAGGAGUGGGGGCGGGGGAGUGCAUUGGAUUCUGCAUUCUAGACUGAGACCCUUUCUGGUGUACACAUGAGUGCUGAGUGACCUGCCUCCUCUACCCUCUCCUGCUGCCUUUCUGCCCUGGGGGGGUCCUGAACUGAGGAGCCUAGUACUUGGUGGUCAGCCCCAUCCUCUGCACACUGGGUGAUCACCCAGGCUAGACAGGAGCAGUCAGCAAGGCUCCUGAUAAGGCCACGCAUCUGCUUAGCAGAGUGUGCGCCUGUCUGCAGAGGUAACGGGCUGCGUGUCGGGGCGGGCCACAGGGUGAUAGCGCCGAGCAAUGCAAGGCAGUGAGGCUGUCCCCACUUGUAGCUCUUCUGUCCUGAGCUGCUGCUGGACCCAGGGAGAAGCUUGUACAGCCCACCUUGAACUCCGAUUUCCUAUCAACCUGCUUUACCCAACUAUAUACCUAGUAGAGCAGGAGUGAAAUAAGCCCUGGGGGGGCACUCUUUAUACCUAGUUAGAAGGUGGAGGAUGAGUUCUGACCAUGUACCUCGUUUGAUCAUGUCAUUGGUUUCUGCCCAGAGACCUACCUGUCCAGGACUCAGGGGACACAAACACACACACACACCUAGGAGUCCAUUCCUGUCCCACACAUAAUGUGGGAGUGGGGCAUGGGCCCAGCUGGACGGGUAUUUGCCACUCUCUGAUCUUUGCCUCUGUGCUUAAAGUAGCUGUCACCAGAUGCUUGGCCAGAUUACAGGGACCCUGCAGGAAACCCCGGAGGCCAGAAAAGCAGGGCUAUUGGGUGUUGCUGCUGAGGGAGUGGAAUGCAUGCAUCUUAGGGAUACCUGUUAGACCCAGCACUCCUCCUUGUCCUCCCUUCUUAAGAGCAUAGGACGGGGCUGACUAAAGAAAGGGGACUGAAGACACUGUUGUGUUCUCUCUGCAGGCUGCUUCCUGCAUUGUGGAUAACCUAGGUUCUACUCACAGCUUAGGCUGAGCUAGGGACACUGGACCAUGGUGCUGUAGGCAGUAGCUGCAACUGGUCUACGGUAGUUUCUUUAUGUUGGUGGUGGUGGGGUUUUCGUUUUGGGGUUUUGUUUGUUUUGUAGGGUUUUCUGUUUUGAUUUUUUUUUUAAGGCAGGGUUUCUCUGUAGCUCUGGGCUGUCCUAGAACUCGCUCUGUAGAUCAGGCUAGCCUCAGACUCAGAAAUCUGCCUGCCUCUGCCUCCUGAGUGCUAGAAUUAAAGGAGUAUGCCACUAUUUGCCCAGCAGGAUAACCUCAAGUCUAGGGAGCCACGCCUGGGCCAGCCCCUGAAAAUCCUUGGAAUUAGGGAAGAGAUGAACUGAAUCGCUGGAGCCAUAGCGCGCUGCAGGCCACCAACCCUGCAGGCCUACAGCCUCUCCGUGACCUUGCAAGCUCUGGACCCACCCCAGCUGGAAAUAAUGUCCUAAGUCAGUGUAGAAGGGGGCCGCUGACUUCAUCCGCCUCUCCUUGGAGCACAGUCUCUGUAGCCUUGGGGUGGUCACCCUUGUCAGGCAAGCCUGUGGCAGUAACAACUCUUGGACUCCUCCUGGGCACAGAGGAAGCUCUGUGAUCUCUGGAAUAAAACACCUGCUUGGUUUCUCCCCA